UUUCAUUUUUUCCAAGAUUUUGAAAGAAGUGGCGCAAAUAAGUUCGUCUUUCGCCGAAGCUUUUGCAGCAAUGCAGGAAACGUUGCUGGAGUUUCGUGCUGGUAAAAUGUCGUUGGAAGGAAAAAGAGUUGUACCAGAUACGCGUAAAGGACUCAUUCGCAUAGCCCGGGGUGAGGAGGGACUGGUUCAUUUUCAGUGGCUUGAUCGGACUCAAAAUGUUAUUGAAGAUGAUCAGAUUAUUUUUCCUGAUGAGGCUGUUUUUGAGAAGGUUAAUCAAGCAUCAGGCAGGGUUUACUUAUUAAAGUUCAAUACCGAUGACCGGAAGUUCUUUUUCUGGAUGCAGGAGCCAAAAGCUGAAGAUGACUCACAAUUAUGUAUCGCAGUCAAUAAUUUCAUCAAUCAGCCGUUAGAACUUGGUGUAGAAGAGCCUGAUGCUUCUGAAGCUUUGCUAGUGUCUGAAGACAUGGUUGAAGAUGAUAUUUCAUCAAGAGCUGGGAACUUGUCUGUUCCAAACUUAGGGGCCGAAGCAAUUAGUGAUGUAACAUCUUCAUUAGGGCCAGUUAAAUUGCAGGACUUGAAAAGAAUAUUGAGCAGUAUCGGGCCAGCAGUAGCUGGUGAUCCAGAUGGAGGCUUGGGGUUGGAUGAUAUUUUGAAGCCAGAUUUGCUACUGCCAUUGAUUGAGUCAUUGUCAUUGGAAGAGCAAUUAGCUUCAUAUUUACCUGAGGGUCAGUGGAGACCAGAGGAUCUUUUAGAGUUGCUGCAGAGCUCUCCUUUCCGUCAACAAGUAGAUUCAUUUACAUAUGUACUUCGAACUGGACAGAUAGAUUUGUCUCAGUUCGGUAUCGAUCCUAGUAAAUACAAGUUCACCGUUUUAUCUUUCCUCGAGGCACUUGAAGAUUCCGUCUCCAAGUCCAGAGAAACACAACAAGAUGACAAAGAUGUAAGACCUCAAUCAUGUAACCAUAACGACCCCAUGGAUGAGAGCAAGUGAUGGGGGUAACUUCAUCCGUCACCAUUCCCCUCACCUUUGUCGUUUUAUCAUAGGAGAGGAGAAAUGUUGAUCCCGGUUUUAAUUUAUUAUUCUUGGUUGAGAGUGUUCCGAGCAAAAAGCUGAAAAAAAGGC